AUGGUCGAUGCACAUCGAAUAGGCAUGUCAAAUGUGAGAUCGUCUCCUCAAUGCGGCUCUUCAAGCACGGCCCGCGCUCCUGUUUCUCUGCUGAGAUGCAUGCUAACUACAAGUCGCACAGGUGAUGGUGCCCAGCCAUGUAGCCAAUGUGCUAAGCGAAAACUAUCCUGCAACAAGGGUUCCAAGGCUCGGUUUCGUUUAAUGUCACAAGGAUCGAAAAAGUUUCCUUCUGAUCAGACAUGGUGUCGGACUAUUUCAAAAAGGAUUGACUUUGUUGACCAAAGUCUAGAGAUUGCAAGACAGUACGACGGUGGAUCAGAAGCUGAAGAUGAAGACUUCCCGGCCGAUCACUUCAACGAUCAUGCCGAUACUUCGCCUCCAAAUACCGAGACCUGCGACCCCAACUCUCGCCUUUCCCCUCCGACAAACAGUCUAUCUAUUGAAGAUCAAAUUAUUUCUCAAAUAUCACCUCAGACUGGCUUGGAUAUUGGUCAGUCACCGCUUAUCCGUGAUUGGACUCAAGCAGCCUCAGAGUGUUCCAUAGAGUCCACCAUCAGGCAUUUCAAACGCCUAGAGCUCCCUCAAGCGGCCCUCAAAGAAAACGAUAAGGCCAACCUCAUUCGACAUUUUGUCCAAGUUGUUGGCCCCGCAUUUGACUUCUAUGAUGAAGGCAGAAAGGUCGCAAGUGAACUCACGGAGCGGGCUAUUUCUUGUCAGCCCCUCCUUCGUCUAGUAUACAACGCAUCUGCUAAGAGCCUAGGCCUCUCACUGGACUUGGAUGAUGCCCCUGAAUAUCUCGUUGACCCGAUAGCUCUAUCGCAUAUCAAUGACGGGAACAACAAUACGGCCGCCACACUUCUCUCAAGGUUCAUUUAUAAUCUUGAAGAUAAACAAGACUUGACACAAGGCUUCGCCAUUAUAAAUGCACCAAGUCCUCCAUUACAUAUCGACGACUUUCAAGAAGCCAUCAUGUGGGCAAACUUGAGACAAGAGAUAUUCCUUGCUCUCAUGAAUCAACGACACGUAAAUGUUCCUGUGGAUCGUCAUGCACUGGAAUCUCUUCUCCAGGAUCACCUGUGUCAAACCGCAGACGACAGCACUUGGUGCAAUAGAAUGCUACUACAUCUUUUUGAUACCAUACAGUACUGCUUCGGUGAUGCACAUAGUUCGUCCACGUAUGACCAACUAUUCAGUUACGCCAAUACGUGGAUGUCUUCCAAGCCGUCAUCCUUCACUCCUGUCUUCUCCCAAGAUGGCCCUAAUGGCCAAAUGUUGCCUGAGAUAUGGUUUCUGGACAGCUGUGCGGCGGCAGGAAUGCAAUAUUACCAUUUAGUCAGAAUUCUUCUCACGGCGCAUAAUCCGCGUGUCCCCCGGAUAGGAUCGGCAAAGAAGGCAGCAAUCGAAUGGAUUGACGAGCAAGUAAGAGGCCAUGCAAAGAUGGCCUGUGGGAUUGCGGAAUCGUUGGAAGAAAUCAAUCCAGGUCACCUCUCUGCGUGCAUGGCCAUUGCACUUGCUGGCGACUACUUUCAUGAGAAAGAAGAACAAGCAAUCCUGUCAAACCUCAUGACCAAAACCUCGUCAUAUUAUGGUUGGUCAACGGGCUCAACGCAGAAAUAUUUGCAGGAGACUUGGAAGUAA